AUGGCGGAAUUCCAGUGGGUGGAGUUUGCAACAUCAAAGCUCGAAGCAAGGCAAUCGAUCAACAGGGCUCAGUCACUCAGUACUAUGCUUAGUACUUUUUUAAAUAUCUAUCGGAGAAGUCUGGCUGGGAGAAUGAAUGAACAAAGUGAAGAUAUUGCUGAAAAUUAUGACAAGCACCAAGAGUUAACCACCAAAACACAGGAUUCUGAAGAUAUUUUUACCAAGCAAUCUAUCUCUAUGAUUACAGAGGAAUCUAAACAACCAUGUCAACAUAGUCAACAUAAUUCAUUUGUAUUUGUUCAUCGAUAUCCCCACCUAUUGCUUGAUGGCUACGGUUGGAUAUUGUGCUGCUCAUGUGAUGCAAAUAGAAAGCAAUUUGUUGAAGCCCUACCUAAUAAUAUACAAUUAGAUCCUCAAAAAAAGUGGUAUUUGUUUUGUGGUGCAGAGUGGGAUAAACGUUCUAUUCAAGAUGAAUGGUUGUACGUAGACGUGUGUUCAGUUGCGUACUUUUAUUCAAUCCAUGAUGUGAAGGUGUAUUGUAGACCUUGCUCCUCUUGUGCUACGAAAAAGCAUUAUGAUGGCAUUGAAAACAGGAUUGUAUGGUUUGGAUCAUAUGCAAUAUCUCAUGCCGUUCUAAAAGAUUACAUUCGGCUUUUCAUAACGUCGAGUUUACCUAUGUACAAAUAUUAUGUUGCGUAUGUACAAAGGCAAGUGUCUUCGGGUAAUUUUAAUUUCCCAAAGGAAAUAACUUACGCCAAGUUUCGUCUCGCUAUCAUUGCCAUGAUACGGUUGCUUAAUAUUGAUUUUGACAAUGGGUUUUUUUGUGAAUUAUGUGGAAGAAUUCCCCAAAAGAUAGUGAUGGAUGGAACAACUCUUGGAAUACAGAAAACUUUCUUACCAAAUAAUUUAAGAGAGUCUGAUACUGGAUUGCUAGAUGGAAGUAGGUUUGAAAUGCGCAAUUUCAUCAACAGGAGAAAUGUGCGAGCUUUAUUGAAGAAGUACAGUGAUUCAAAGCUAAGUUGGGACGAAUUUCAAGAAUUAAAAUCUGAAAUAUCUUCAAAGGGGCUUAGGACUCUACUUGAAUGGUUAGAGAAACAAGGAUUUAUCACUAGUUGUCCAAACUCGUGCAGAAGGUUAUUGGCAGCAUUGGCUUCUGACAAACCAGUAUGCGCAAUUGUGCCCCAAAGAAGAAGUUUUGGACCUCUUGAUAAGGAUGUCUGAUGGAGCCAAU